UCAAUCAAAGCUAUUCUCACACCACAAAGCAAGCUCCCCAUUAAUACUGUCACUACUCACUAGUCCUUUCAAUUCAGCUUUCAUCUAAAGCUUUGUUAAACCCAUGGCGUCCAAGACACACAUUAUCCUUGUGACACUACUGUCUAUCCUUUCUCUGCUAGCCUACAACUCAGUAUAUGCACAACUUUCUCCUAACUUCUACGCCACCACUUGCCCUAAUCUACGAACCCUCGUGCAAAAUGCCAUGAGGCAAGCUGUCACUAGGGAGGCACGCAUGGGUGCCUCUAUUCUUCGCUUGUUCUUCCAUGACUGCUUUGUAAAUGGCUGCGAUGCAUCAAUAUUACUGGACGACACUGCCACCUUCACAGGUGAAAAGAACGCGGGACCAAAUCUAAAUUCUGCAAGGGGUUUCGAAGUGAUUGAUAGUAUUAAAACCCGCGUGGAAGCUAGUUGCAAUGCUACUGUGUCUUGUGCAGAUAUUUUAGCACUCGCAGCACGAGAAGGAGUGGUCUUGCUAGGAGGACCCUCAUGGAUAGUACCACUAGGCCGGAGAGAUGCAAGGACAGCCAGUCAAAGCGCAGCCAACAGCAACCUCCCCUCUCCGUUCUCUGAUCUUGCAACCCUCAUCUCCAUGUUCUCUGCCAAAGGUCUAAAUGCCCGGGAAAUGACCGCGCUCUCCGGUGGCCACACAAUAGGCCAAGCUCGUUGUAGCUUAUUCAGAACCCGCAUUUACAACGAGACCAACAUUGACUCCAACUUUGCCACUACUCGAAAGGCCAAUUGCCCGGCUUCAGGUGGUGACAGCAAUUUGGCCCCGCUUGACUCACUGACCUCAACCCGGUUUGAUAACAACUACUACAAGGACCUUGUGGCUCGGCGUGGGCUUCUUCAUUCGGACCAACAGCUGUUCAAUAGUGGCUCCCAAGAUGCAGUGGUUAGGACCUAUAGUAAUAACAAUGCAGCUUUUGCUAGCGAUUUUGCUGCAGCCAUGGUGAAGAUGAGCAAUCUUAGCCCACUCACCGGGACAAAUGGGGAGAUUAGAAGGAAUUGCAGGGUGGUGAAUUAAUGCUAUUCAUUAGAGGGAUUUACUAAGGGCAUACAUUAGUAAAUCAUUUUAGGAAACUUUUUAUGGGAAAACGAAAAAAUAAUUCACUAUUUUGAUAAUUUUUUCAAUUUUUCAUAAAAAUUUUCUCAAAAAAAGACACAUUAACCAGACCUUUCAUUAUAAGCUUAAUGAUGCUAAUGUAAUUAAUUAGCAAUAUUGCUGAGACACAAUGUUUUUCACAAUAAAUUUCGUAAUUGUUGAAGUGAUCGAUUGUGAGUGGUAAAGAAAAAGUUGUGAGUUCAUGAUUGUUAAUUAUGUGCGCCACUCAUAGUCAUUCAAUUCAAUAUUAUGAAUUUUGUUAUAAAAAAGUUAUGUUUUUAGCAUUACCAAUUAAUUAGUCAUGAUAAAUAAGUGAUCUUGCGGUGGACACAAAAGAUCCUGGUCAAAAAGUUGACGAGAUCUUAGAAUUAUUUUCAUGUUUGGAUCUAUUCAACCAAAAAAAGAUCCUAUGUGUAAUUAAGUCUUUAAAGUGUGAUACAUAGGCAUGUGCAAGUAUCAUUUUUCUCUUAGAAGAUUGCUGUUUGUCUUAAUUCAAUAACAUAUUUACUUUUGCAUAA